CAACAAAGGCUGCUGACGGCCUACUCGGUGCGGCUUAUUCCAGGGUGGACUCGAACAUCUCUAGGUGACCAUAUGUCUCUUUGAACUUUCGAAUGAGCCAUCGCGACCUCUACUUGAGCUCUGUUUGGCUCCGGUGAGCCAAGCCUUGCCUCAUCUUACUAACUUCUGGACCCUUCACGUCACCUUUCUUCUCAACUGUGGGUUUGGCUUUUCUUGAUAACUUGCAACCAUGUCGCAUCUUCAGCAGCAACUCAAAAGCUUCAACGCUGGAGUCGUGGCUGCUGCGGCUCGCAUGCCGCAGCAGAGACGGUUCGUCCAUAACAACUCUGCCAGUAGUUCACAAGUACCGUCUUCGGCCUCCACACCCACCCCGAGCGGCGAUGUCAAGCGGAAAAGGCACGAUGCAGAUAUCGUCUACUCGCAGCCUGCCAACACUGGCACAGGCAAGGAUAUUAUGACACAAGUUAUCUUUGCAAUCGAACAUAUGAAAAACAAGGGCGUCCCGCUCAGGUUCACGGAUAUCGUCUCCUACCUUUCUCUUCAACAUCGGGCCAAUGAUCAGGGUUAUGUCCAGGCACUACGGAGCAUUCUUCAGGUGCACGAGAAGGUCCAGUACGAUCCUAGCGGUGCGAAUGGAGAAGGCACAUUCAGCUUUCGCCCACCACACAAUAUCCGCACUGCUGAGCAGUUGCUCCAGAAACUCCAGUCGCAGUCUACCGGUGCUGGAAUGAGCGUCCGUGAGCUGCGGGAAGGCUGGCCAAAUGUGGAAGACACUAUCAAUCAGUUGGAGAAAGAAGGAAAACUUCUUGUUACUCGCAACAAAAAAGACGACCAUGCGAAGAUGGUAUGGGCCAAUGAUCCAUCCUUGAUACAACACUUCGACGACGAAUUCCGUCAAAUUUGGGAGAAGAUCAGAGUUCCCGACCAGCAAGCUGUCAAAGAGGAGUUGGAGAAGGCCGGGAUUACACCCACGAACAAAAAUAAGGUCACCAAAGCUCGACCCAAGGUCGAACACAAAAAGGUCAAGAAGCCUCGUCGCAGUGGCAAAACGACUAACACUCAUAUGAUGGGUGUCUUGAGAGAUUACUCUCAUCUCAAACGAUGACUGAAGCGUUUAUACUAUGGAAAAAAGAAUGUUGAGUAUCGGCUUUUGCGGUUGCGCUUUCCAGUUGCGCAUUACGUUGAGAUUGAAUUAUAGAGACCGCCACGACCAUGGUGGAGAUCGGUUCUAGUGCAUCAACCGGCGUCUUAGGGGGAAUAUACACCGGGAACUUGAGUUUCAUCACACGACUAAAAGUCUAGCUAGCAUCGUCGCUCAUCGCCAGUUGCUGUUCAGCCUGUAAAAUACUUUAAUAAAAUAUAGAUACCCGAA